ACUCUUCUUACUGAAACACGUUGUACACCAAUUGUGCAUUCUCACUUAUGCUCAGCUUUUGAAAGCUUAAACAUUUACUCCUCUCUGCUUCACAACCUAUGUUCCCUCGACGCUUGCGACCUAUAAUUCUCUCUCUUGCAUUACUGCUCUUCACCUCAUGGACCCUCUAUACCGUCCUUCAGAAUGGGUAUCAGAUCAAGAAUGCAAUCUCGUAUUCUACCCGGCCGUUGUGGGACAAACCAGAUGGACCGAAGAACGUUAUACCACACUACUACGCAGAAGGGUUACUGAUGGAUGAUCAUACAUGUUCAUUACAUGGUUGGAAAGAGCGUAAAAGUGACAAGUUGAUUAAAGUCUUGGACGCAGUACUCAUGAGCAGUGAGCUGGACUUGCUAGAGAUUCGGUUAAACGAGCUAGACAACGUUGUCGACCGGUUUUUCAUUGUCGAGUCCAACACUACAUUCACCGGUUUACCGAAGGAGAAGUAUUACGACAAGAACAAGAAGAGAUUUGCAGAGUUCGCUCAUAAGAUUUCGUAUCGAUCUGUGGACAACCUGAACCAUCUAGACCCAUGGGAAAACGAGAAGACUAUGCGGGUUGCCAUGUCGUCCUUCAUAAAGUCCCAUACGACAGAAUUCCCCCCAGAUACUGUGGCGCUCGUAAUAAUGUCAGAUGUCGACGAGAUACCAUCCGAGCACUCCAUACGACUCCUCAAACACUGCGAUUUUGGGAACUCAAUUCACCUCCAACUUCGUAACUACGUUUACAGUUUUGAAUGGCUCAACGGUCUCGAUAGCUGGCGAGCGAGUGUGCGCCUCUGGAAACGCGGAAGUUACUAUAGCCACGCAUACAGCGGUGAAGACGUCCUCCUUGCAGAUGCUGGGUGGCAUUGUAGUUUCUGCUUCAGGACUCUCAGUGAAUUCGUCAUUAAGAUGACAGGCUUUUCGCAUCAUGAUCGGAUAGGUGGUCGCACAGAGAUUCUUGACCCGAACCGAAUACAACAACGAAUAUGCGAAGGGUCGAAUAUCUUUGGGAUGUUGCCAGAGGCUUACACGGUGUGGUUAUUUACAUCCAGCGGAUCACUACCCUUUCCUAACGUAUCUAUGGCGCUAUAGUAUUCAGAUUUGUUCAAGCAACUAUACCCGACAUCACAAACCUCUAUGAUUGGCAUGCCCAAGUUUUUAAUUGAGAAUGCGAAACGCUUCAAAUUCCUACUGCCAGGGGGUUGUGUAAGGGAAUCUAAGCAGACUAAGGAAGUAGUCUAAGAAGGCUUCCGAGUGGAGAAGACUUCUGUUUGGAUCUAUUCAUGCAAGUAAAAUACAGAUUGCUUCAUUCCAACUUGUAAUACAUACACAUUAUCUUACAGUUUAUAAUCUCAUCAAUCAAGGACGA